GUGGACCGGAAAGCGGCUGCCGGGUUGCCGGGAGAGCGCACCCGGGUAAAGCUGGCCCAGCGGGACGGAGCCAGGGCGCUGGGCGGAGCACGUGGGAGCUCGAGGGUCCAGCCAGAGAGAGGCCCUCUUCCCUCAGAUGCUCUGACUUUUGACCCCUGCGGGUCAGAUCUCCGGCCCUCUGCAGCCCCGAGGCUUCCAAGCAGCCACACCAUGAACACGUCCCCAGGCACAGUGGGCAGUGACCCGGUCAUCUUGGCCACUGCAGGCUAUGACCACACGGUGCGGUUCUGGCAGGCGCACAGCGGGAUCUGCACGCGCACGGUGCAGCACCAGGACUCCCAGGUGAACGCUCUGGAGAUCACCCCGGACCGCAGCAUGAUCGCUGCUGCAGGUUACCAGCACAUCCGCAUGUACGACCUCAACUCCAACAACCCCAACCCUAUCAUCAGCUAUGACGGCGUCAACAAGAACAUCGCGUCUGUGGGCUUCCACGAGGACGGCCGCUGGAUGUACACGGGUGGGGAGGACUGCACUGCCCGGAUCUGGGACCUCAGGUCCCGGAACCUGCAGUGUCAGCGGAUCUUCCAGGUGAAUGCACCCAUUAACUGUGUGUGCCUGCACCCCAACCAGGCGGAGCUCAUUGUGGGUGACCAGAGCGGUGCCAUCCACAUCUGGGACUUGAAAACUGACCACAACGAGCAGCUGAUCCCUGAGCCCGAGGUGUCCAUCACCUCUGCUCACAUCGACCCUGAUGCCAGCUACAUGGCAGCGGUCAACAGCACUGGAAACUGCUAUGUCUGGAAUCUGACUGGGGGCAUUGGUGACGAGGUGACGCAGCUCAUCCCCAAAACCAAGAUCCCAGCGCACACCCGCUACGCCCUGCAGUGCCGCUUCAGCCCUGACUCCACGCUCCUUGCCACCUGCUCCGCCGACCAGACAUGCAAGAUUUGGAGGACAUCCAACUUCUCCCUGAUGACGGAGUUGAGCAUCAAGAGCAGCAACCCCGGAGAGUCGUCCCGAGGCUGGAUGUGGGGGUGCGCCUUCUCGGGGGACUCCCAGUACAUCGUCACCGCUUCCUCUGACAACCUGGCCCGGCUCUGGUGUGUGGAGACGGGAGAGAUCAAGAGAGAGUACGGUGGCCACCAGAAGGCUGUUGUCUGCCUGGCCUUCAACGACAGCGUGCUGAGCUAGCAUGCACCCCUUGGGAUUGCAGGUCACUGUCCGGGCUGUACUGGCUGGAUGCGCCUGUUCAGCUGCCUGGGUCAGAGUGAACCCCCACCAGCUGGCCCCUACCAGCUUUGGCCUGCACGUGACUGGCCUACCCUGGCCCCUGCUAGGCUGGGGCUCUCACCUCCUAUUGCUUAUCUGAAUGUGGCAGGGCUCAGGAGGCCCUCAGAAAUUCUGGACCCACAGGGCCUAGAGCCAUCGAGGGGGACCUGAAGCUGGUGUCCACCCCAAAGCCAGUGCUUCCACCUCCCCUCAGGCCCAGUUUCGCAUCCUGAGGCCACAGACAACACCAUCACAGCCAGGUGGAGUGGUUUAUUUGUCCCAGUGGGCAGCUGCCCUCCAUGGCGCCGGUGAUGGGGCCAUCCUGGGGGCUGGGCCAGGCAGGGCCGCUUAGUCUGGGAGGUAAUAAAAGCACACUGACACGCA